AUGGCGCUGAGUCGGGAGGUGCAGAUAACUGGUAUCCGUGGAAAACUUUUCCAAAACUGGGCCCGCACGUUUUCGUGCAUACCGGAGUUGUAUUUCCUACCAACGAACAUUGGCGAAAUUAGGCGAGUGAGUAACAAUCUAUUUAUCUCAAUGGUUCGUUUUUUAAAUAGAAUAUAUCAUCCUAACAUUGAUGAAGUCUCUGGUACAGUGUGUUUAGAUGUAAUAAAUCAAGCAUGGACAGCACUUUAUGAUUUAUCAAAUAUUUUUGAGUCAUUUUUACCACAGUUACUCACAUACCCUAAUCCCAUUGAUCCACUCAAUGGUGAUGCAGCAGCAAUGUAUCUCCAUAAACCAGAAGAAUACAAAGACAAGAUCAGAGAAUAUGUUAGAAAAUAUGCAACAGAAGAAGCAUUAAAAGAACAUGAUGAUGGCUCAACGUCAAGUGAAAGUUCACUCAGUGAUUUUGAAGAAGAUGAAGCUGAAGAUAUGGAGCUAUAACACUAACUCAUUCCUUCAGAGAUAUUUGAAUUUUUUAUAUUUUUAAUAUUUGUAUCAUGUUGUGGGUUUUCCUCAAACAGUACCAAUAAACCUGUUUCAUGUAGUUCAUAGAUUACAAUGGGUAAAGUGGAUAGAACGUUUUUUCUCUCAACAUUUUGAAUACUCAGAAUAGAGAAAGUUGCUGUAUUGAGAUAU